AUGGCCGGCGUCGCGAGGCUCUACAACUCCCCGGAGUUCUCCGACCUCACUAUUCGAUCCAAAGGCCACGAAUGGCCGGAGGCGCAAGACAACAUUGUCGAGCUGUACGACGACGACCCAGAGAACGUGAGCCGAAUGCUCGAAUGGUUCUACCACCACGACUACCCCGUGCCCGAACUGUCCGACGAGUCCCUGUCCGCCACCAUCCACGUCCGCGUCUUCUGCCUGGCAGAAAAGUAUAUUUUGACCGAGCUGAAAAACAUUUCGAGUUCUCACUUCGCUGCGUGUGUCCAGAAUGCCUGGGGCUCCGAAGGUCUCACUCAAGCCAUGCUGGAGCUCUGCGGGGUGCCCUCGUUUAUCAAUGAGUCUCUGAGAACACAUGUGAUGAAAGCUGUUGUCGAGAAUUCGGGGAUACUUCUGGCCAACCGCAACGAUGAUCGGAGAAGACUGUCGUUUCGGGAAGCACUGGGGAAAGUCGUCCAGAUCUCAACGGAGGUCGACGACAUCGCUUCGCCGGGAGAAGAUGGAGAUGACGAAGAGCUCACGGACGGAGAUGAAGAAGACGACGUCUUCAUUAUCAGGUGCAAAGAGCGCGAAUGGGUUAUCCCGGUCGAGUCGCAUCCCUUCAACUCAGCCAUCCGACUGUACGAGGACGAUCUAGACAUUGUCGACCUACUGGUGGAAUUGAUCGGCACUGGUGACUACGACGUGCGUUCUCAGGGCUCGCUCUCCGCACCCGAAAUCCACGCAAGGCUCGCCGUGAUGUGGCACAAAUACUGCAACGAUAGCCCAGGAUGCAAGGCAAGCGAACAUUUUGACAAAUACACGAAAGAUUGGGACGAUCGUGGCUAUUUGAAAGCGCUGCAAUACGUCUACAACGAGGACGAGAAUUCCACCGAGCACCUUCGUUUUAUGAUCCGGGACGGUGUGGUGGCGGCUGCUAAAGAUGUUUUUGACCUCCCUCGGCUUAUCAGGGAGACAUCGAUGGCCGGAGAGUUCGCAGUCGACGCGGCCUAUAGCUUGUGCGAGCGUGUGUUUCAUUAUGCAAACAGAGAUGUGUAA